ACUCGUGGGCUUGCUUUGCUAGAGUUCUAGAAGAAAUGGUUGGUGGUUUCUGUCCUGUGCACCGUAAAUGGUAUUUAAUUGAAUUCAAUUGCUAUAAUAUCGUGAUACGUUUAUUAAAAACGCGUUGCAUCUGUGAGUGGUUAUUUCACAUACGUGCUGUGAUUACAUCAUCAAAACUUCUUCAAAAUACAAUUCAGAGCGUCUUAAAUUCUAACCCUCACCUAUUAGUCUUGGAUGAAAACUAAAGAAUAAAUAAUAAAUAAAAAUUCAUCACUUAGUUGACAACACAAAGUACGGAUGCCCUGAGUUUAUCCCUACAAUAUGGUUAACGCAGUUGACACAAGUUUGUGAAGUACCAAUAAAGAUCUGUGACAAUAUUCUUCGGGAAAAACAAUUGAAAAAUGCCCUCAACUUGCGGAGAUGUUAUUGAAGUUCCUAGUAUGGUUGGGCAAUCCAGCGUUGUUGAUGCUAUCUCCAGCACAGACAGCGUUGGUACACAUAGCGACGUAUCUGGGCAUACAACAAUAUGUGGGAGACCUAGAAUGGAUGUCGCUUGUGUUUUGGAUUUACAGCAGCCACAGCACCUUCCUCAACGUAAAAAAGCACUCGAAGAAGUUAGACAAGCGUGUAAUCUGGUCAAUGCGAACAUGCACCAUAUACAGUUUGAAAAACUCGAUUUUGGGGAAGCCAACGUAUUGGAUACAUUUUAUAAUGCAGAUGUUGCAGUAGUGGACCUAAGUAUUCAGCUGCAACAAUCAGCUUUGUUUUAUCACUUAGGUGUGAGAGAAAGUUUCGGGAUGAAAGAAAACAUUUUGUUGCACAAUGAUAUGGACACAGAAGCAACAAUCAGACUGAAGUUGUCAUGUGGUAGUUACACAUUUGUAACAUAUCGAGUUGUGGAAUGCGGCUCAUGCGUAGCUACUAGCCCAGCCGCCAGCAGGUUAACUGGAGAAGAAGUGAUAGAUCCAAAGCAACAUUUAACACUUAAACUCAAAAAGCUCUUCCAGGAUGUCGAAGUCCAAUCCAAAGCCCACAUGAAGGAAAAGUUCCUGGCAGAUUUGCGCAAGGCACGUGAAACAUAUUCAGGCGCUGAACUAUCCAGGGUAUUAAAUAAUAUGAGAAAACGAUUAGAUGACCCAAAUGUUUUGUCGGGUGAAGUUGUGCUGAAUGUUCUAAUAUCCUAUAGAGAAAUACAGGAUUAUGACGCUAUGGUGCAACUUGUGGAUGAUUUACGAACAGUACCAAAUCACAAAAAUUCUAUCAAUACACCAGCUAUCCGCUAUCUAUAUGCAUUCGCGCUCAAUCGAAGAAACAAAGAAGGGGACAGGGAGAAAGCUUUAAAAGUCAUCGAAAAAGCAUUGGAAAAGAAAGAAAAUCAUGUGCCUGACAUGGUGUGUUUAUGUGGACGAAUUUACAAGGACAAAUUUGUUGAAAGUAGACACAUGGACCAGGAGAGUUUGAAGAAUGCUAUUCGCUGGUACAGAAAAGGGUUUGAGGUACAACCAAACGAAUAUGCUGGUAUCAAUCUUGCAACACUUUUGGUAAUAGCCGGGAAUGAGUUUUCCAAAAGCGAGGAACUGCAACACAUUGGAAUGGUAUUGAAUAACUUGAUUGGUAAAAAAGGAAGUUUAUCCAGCCUAAAAGAUUACUGGGACGUUGCUACUUUUUUUGAAAUCAGUGUCCUGGCCGAGGAUUAUUCCAAGGCUAUUCAAGCAGCUGAAUGUAUGUUCAAAUUGAAACCACCUAACUGGUAUCUAAAAUCAACGAUAGGAAAUAUAUCGCUUAUCGACAGAUUCCGAAAGAAGAAUUUGGAAGUUGAGGCUUCGCCAGAAGAACAAGUUUUUGGUUUCUGGAUCGAUUACUUUGUGGAAGCUACUAAAUCCGAAGUUGGCGAUAGUAUACGUUUUCCACUGCUUGUAUUGGAGCCAACAAAAAUUCUAAUGCCAAGCUAUGUAAAUGUCAACCUUGGGGCUGAGGAAAAAUCAAUACAGAUUUGGAACUUAUGUUUGGACAGCCUAAAGGACAACUGUAAACAAGUUCAUGACUGGCUCUUUACUGCAAAUAUGAUUCGCAGUGUCAGUCUGUACAAAAGAGAUGAACGCUGUCUAUUCUUAUACGUACACCAAAACUCUGACGAUUUUCAAAUGUAUUUACCUUCCGUUCAGUGCAGACAGCGAUUUUAUGAUCUAAUUCUAGAAAUGACAAGAGAUCAAGAGGGUAUGGUCGCAGAUUUAGAUGCAUACUUAACUGACGACCAAAUGAAGUUUGAAUAUGAACUGGAUGAUCAAAACAAACGUACUAUCCUUGGAAAAGGUACAUACGGUGUUGUAUAUGCAGCUCGUGAUUUAAACACACAAGUCAGAAUAGCGGUAAAAGAAAUUCCAGAAAGAAAUCUUGGUGAUGUACAACCCUUACACGAAGAAAUCAAAUUGCAUAGUCAACUAAGGCAUAGAAACAUUGUUCAGUACCUAGGAUCUGUCAGCGAAGAUGGGUUUUUCAAAAUUUUUAUGGAACAAGUCCCUGGAGGUAGCUUAUCAGCAUUGCUCAGAUCCAAAUGGGGUCCCCUGAAAGAGAACGAAUCAACUAUAUCAUUCUACACAAAACAAAUUUUGGAAGGGCUCAAAUACUUGCAUGAUCAGAAAAUUGUUCAUCGAGAUAUCAAAGGCGACAAUGUUUUGGUCAAUACAUAUAGUGGUGUGGUAAAAAUUUCUGAUUUUGGUACAUCUAAGCGACUGGCAGGGCUUUGCCCGAGCACCGAAACAUUCACAGGGACCUUACAAUACAUGGCACCAGAAGUCAUAGACAAAGGACAGCGUGGCUACGGUGCUCCGGCUGACAUUUGGUCCCUUGGUUGUACAAUAGUAGAAAUGGCAACUGGCAAACCACCGUUUAUUGAGCUGGGUUCACCACAAGCUGCUGUAUUUAAGGUGGGAUUUUAUAAAAUACAUCCUGAAAUACCAUCAGAAUUAUCGGAGCGAGCUAAAAGCUUUAUAUUACGGUGUUUUGAACCAAAUCCGGACAUCCGAGCAACAGCUGCUAAACUUCUCGAUGAUCCUUUUUUGACUGAAAAAAAGAAAAGUACGCGAUUACCAGCACCCCCAGAUUUCAGCCGAAGUAUAUCUGUACCAGCAGAGAGGCUUGAACGAUUGGGGAAAUUUGACAAAACAAAUAAUAACCACAUUGUCACUACGCCACCAAUCCAGUCUUCUCAUUCUGAUGAUACCGGAGGGUUAACUAAAUCAAGCCCUUUGAGGGAGCGCAGUCCGGCCCAUCUUCUCUCUCCUAUCAGCAUGCCAACUGCUCUUUCUUUCAACAGUACAAUCGGAAGCACUCCAUCAAUAGAAGCUAGCGAAUCUGACACCACAGGACCUACUAUGACCAGAAGAAGUUCCUCAGGUGGGCUACUGUCACCUGAAGUAGAGCUAACUGGUCAGCCUGGGCAUAAAGUAGGCGAAGAACAGGAAGGCUUUUAUUUAUUGAAAAAAGAUAGUCAGCGCCGUAUGACUUUAACUAGGGUUUUGAGUCAAGAUGAAGCAAAAAUAUGUCAAGUUUGGAUAAGCAGUAUAUAUCAAGACGUUGGUCAGACCGUUUUGCAUAUGAAUCAUUUAGAACUACUGAUGCGCGGUCUCAGAGAUUAUAUCUCUGAACCAAAUCAAAGCGUCCUCACUUCAGCGAUUCGGACAUUGAAAGAAGAUUUAGACUUUGAUUCAACUGCCAUCAAUCAACUCCAUUUGGCUCUUUACCUGUUUCAAACUGCUGUUAACGAGGUUCUCAGACUCCACAGCAUUAAACCACAUUGGAUGUUUGCUCUAGAUAAUCUAGUCAGGAACGCUGUUCAGGCUGCUAUUACUGUUCUAUCUCCUGAACUUGGUGCAAAUUUGCUGGGUCACGAGCGAGGUCAAUCAGGUGUCGAUGGUCCGGAAGAAGGUUCGACAUCAGGUGUAUCGACAGUUAAUUCUGUUAAAUCACAUAAAACUCACGACUCCCUCGACAAUAAAUAUUGGCGAGAAUAUCAGGAUCAGAUGGGAGCUCUAAAGACUGAAAACAUGAAACUAAUGCAGGAGCUACUGGAUAGCCAGAAAGUCUAUCAAACUAUGUUACAGCAGGCAAUCGGAGAUCAAAAAGUACAGUUAGGAGCGUUGUCUCAGUUAUGUGACUCAAUUAGCAGAAGAACUCACAGACAAGAAUCAGGCUACAAUUCAACAACAUCCGGUGGAGAAGCUGUAUCUCCUCAUCCAGCAUUUUUACCGCAGAUCAGCGUUACUGAUCACAAUGUAGAUUCCACUGACACUCGACUAACAGAAUGGUUGCAAGGUCUUGGCGUAGAUGCGUCAUCUGUAGAUAGGUUUCUCUAUGAAGAAUAUACCUUGGAAGAUGUUUUGUUCCACGUUAGCAGAGAAGAUCUCCGCAGGCUAAACUUGAGGGGCGGUAUCGAGCUGAGGAUAUGGAAGGCCGUUCUACAGCAUCGAAAGGAGAAUGAUAUUUGAAAUUGAAGAAGAUAAACAAAUAAUUGAUAGAUCACAAAUCAAUUGGAGAGUUGAUCGACUCAAUAAUGAUGAACGAAUUGAACUUCAAUAGACUGCUGUAAUAGAGAUUACUCUGUACAAUAAUCUGAUAGUGAGUGCCUUAUUGAAACAAUCUUCGUACAUAAUGAGCGAGAGAAAGAUUAAUUAUUACCAUUGUGUGUUUUCAAAUGUCAUAACUUGCAAAAUACAGUAACACAAUACUUCCUAAUGUAAAACCAUUUGUCUUCCAUGCGUAGCUACAGUAAACUUGAUAAAAAUAGAUCUGUAAAUAAGUUUUAUUUCUGUGAAUUUUAAUGUACUAAAAUAUUGACUCAAAUAUGCAAUACAAUUCAUGUACGUAUGAACCAA